GCUAAAGCAAGGUGUUUCAUGUUGAGUGAUUGCAUGUCAGAUGUGGUGAACUCAAAUUGCUACCAUGCCUAUUUGCACAAAAUGGAGUAUUUAAUUCAAAUAAACUGAAGUUUUAAAAUUACAUCAUGCGAUGGAGUUAAUUGAGGACAAAUUAUUUCAACGGAAUGUUACAGUGAUUCAUGAAGAUCCUGAAGAGUACGAGUAUGAUCUGUCAUCACUUGAAUAUCCUGGCAAUCUGACACAUGUCCCUAAAUGGGAGAUUGCCAUUAAAAUAACUUUCUAUAGUUUCAUAAUUAUUUCUUCUGUGGUGGGAAAUUGUUAACUAUUUUUGGUGAUCGCGCGAACAAAACCAUUGCAGACUACUACAAACUUUUUUCUCGUGAACCUAGCGGUAUCUGACCUUCUGGUGAUCGCGUGCUGUUCUUGGGUUCGACUCGUCGAUGAUUUUACAGAGGGAUGGGUACUGGGCAAUGUCUUCUGCAAACUCAACUCGUUUGCUCAAGUAACAUCAAUGGUAGCCGGGAUAUUUUCUCUCGUCCUGAUUGCCUGCGAUCGUUUCUUCGGCAUCGUGUUUGCCAUGAAAGCCCACAUCAUCGAGAGGAGAGCCAGCUACCCUAUAGUCAUCACAUGGGUAUGCGCAAUAGCUGUGGCAUCACCUCUUCUGUUUGUCCGCCAAGAAGAGUCUAGAGUAUGGGCCAAUCACGUUGAGAUAUGGUGCGCUGAUACAUGGCCAAUAACUGAGGAAGUAGACCCGGCGACAGGGUUUAUAAUGAAAUCAUUUAAAGGUCGCAAAGCAUACUACACGUUUGUGACAGUAGCUCUGUAUUUUGUCCCCAUAUUGACAAUGUCGGUCAUAUAUUUUCUGAUAAUACUCACUGUGUGGUUUACACGGCCACCGGGUGAAAGAAUUUCCGUCAAAGAAAUUCAGGUUCAAAAAAAGGUGAAAAGAAAAGUCGUAAUUAUGCUGAUAACAAUUUUGGCAGCCUUUGGACUGUGCUGGUUACCCCUGGAAAUCGUUAUAUUAUAUUCUGAGUAUCGACCGAACCAGCACGAACAGUUUCCGCAUUGGUACAGCAGUCUGGAGUUAGUAUCCUACACGCUUGCUUUCGCAAACAGCGCCUUGAAUCCACUCAUAUAUGCGGGUUUUAACGAGAACUUAAGAAAAGGGUUUCGGGCAUUAUUUGGAAACAACGAGAGAUCGUUAUAUGCUGCAAUAUAUCGGGCGGAUUCAAUGUAUCACACGUCCACUACACACGUGAUGACGACCCAGCAUACGCAGCUGUGACAAUCAAGUACUCAACAACACUCAUAAACGUAUUGUGUAAAGUGGUCUGUUUUGUUGAAAGCUAUUAUCAAAUCCAUCAUCCAAAUAGCAGUGAUAAUGAGUGAUAGUAUAAAACAAGAAAGGUAUAAUCGGAAAACGUUAUAAAGAUAUAUUUGACAUCUUAAUGCGCAUAUGUAACAAUCAGAACACAUGCCUUUUAGUGUUCUUGUUUAAAGUAUGCUAGACUGGUACAAUAAAUGGACAUGCAUUUAAAACAUGUUCGAUUACAAAGAAUUUAAGAUUGUACGCAUCGCUGUAAGUGAGAACAUCAAAAAUAAAAAUUGACACUAUUAAGUCCAGGAAUGAUUAAUUAUUGGAAGGUUUUAUGUUGGACUAACGAUCCCUAUAGAGUAAUAACGCGUGGUUUGAUUGAAGACGGGCUUAGUCCAGAUUGUAAAAGCUGAUCAUUAUCACAAACUGAGCC